ACUGCGCCAUCUACAGCUGAGCGUCAAAACAGUCCUGCCCUCUUCUUGGACAGCACCGAUGAAUGCGGUUUUGUGAUUCAGCCAGCCGUCUCCGAAUCGUCUGAACAAGAGACUGGGGGAGACGAAGACAAAGAUGGCUGAGUGAGAAUGAGACUGCCCAGCUCUGUGCUUGUUUCGGUCUCCCUGUUUACAGCUGAGACGACGGCUGCGUUAUAUCUGAGCACCACGUACCGCUCCGCGGGAGACAAGAUUUGGCAGGGAUUCACGCUGCUCUUCACGCUCCUUCCGUCACUCCUCGUGCAGCUCACCCUGAUAUUUAUCCAUAGGGACCUCAGCAGGGAUAGACCUCUCGUGCUUCUGCUACAUAUACUGCAGCUGGGACCGAUUAUCCGGUGCCUGGAUGCCUUCUGUAUCUACGGCAGCGCGGGCACGUUUGAGGAGCCGUAUGUCACCAUCACCCGGAAGAAGCAGAUGCCCAAGGGCGGGCAGUCGGAGGAGGUGGAGCAGGAGGUGGGCCAGGCCGAGGGCAAGCUGAUCACCCACCGCGCCGCCUUCGCCCGCACCUCCGUCAUCCAGGCCUUCCUGGGCUCCGCGCCCCAGCUCACACUGCAGCUCUACAUCUGCGUGCUGCAGCAGGGGGUGUCCAUCGGGAGAGGCACACUGAUGGUCAUCUCCUUGUUGUCCAUUGUGUACGGCGCACUUCGCUGCAACAUCCUGGCCAUCAAGAUCCGUUACGACGACUACGAGGUGGACGUGCGGCCGGGGGCGUACCUGUGCGUCUUCCUGUGGCGCAGCUUCGAGAUCGCCACGCGCGUCACCGUCCUGGUGCUCUUCAGCUCCGUCCUGCAGAUCUGGAUGCUGCCCGUGGUGCUGGGCAACUUCCUGCUCUUCACGCUCUACCCGUGGGUGACGUUCUGGCGCAGCGGCUCGCCCUUCCCGGAGAACAUCGAGAAGACGCUGACGCGCGUGGGCACCACCAUCGUGCUGGCGCUGCUCACCUUCCUCUACGCCGGCAUCAACAUGUUCUGCUGGUCGGCCGUGCAGCUGCGGCUCUGCGACCCGGACCUGAUCGACAAGGCGCAUAGCUGGCGGCACGUGGCCGGCUACUACGGCCUGCGCUUCGUGGAGAACGGCGCGCUGACGCUGCUCUGGCACGCCUACCAGACGGACUUCUACCGCAUGGUGGACGUGCCCGUGCUGGCCCUGCUCCUGCUGGUGGGCUACUCGGUGGCCAUUUUCUUCAUGUUGCUCUUCUACCAGUUCUGCCACCCGUGCCGCCGCCUGUUCACCAGCAGCAUGACCCAGGGCGUGUGGGAGUGCUGCGGCUCCAGCUGCCUGCUCCUCCAGGGGCCCCGCGGGGCCACGGCCGGGCCCAUCCAGGCCAAGGCCUCCCUGGAGCACUCCCACCUCACCGACGUGGACAGCCCUGGGGUGGACGUGACCUACACCACUAACGGAGACCUCAGCCACAGCUUCUCCAGUAAUGCUUGAGACUUGACUUUUCCUUUUUUUUCUCGCACACUGAACAAGUGCUCCUUGCAGAAGAAAAGAGAAUCAACAGAAAUCACCAGUAAUGCUUCAUGAGCCAAUGAAGACUGUUUGCUUUGCCUUGACCACACCAUGCUGGAGUGUAUGGGGGAGGCUAGGACCCUGAUUCUGCCCUUAUUUUGGACUUCAAAGGGUUCGGUCAGGACGGCAGUGGCAAUCUUCAUAGUUGUAACCCUUUCCAGAAUGCAUGUGAGCCACCUUUAACCUAUGCUUAUGCUAAAUUGCUGCUUUUGUUCAUGUGAUGUCAGUGUGUCUCGUUGUGGUUGUUUUUGUUUAUCUCUGUGAUGUUUACUGAGUUACUAUCUUAUUUAAGCUAUGAUGUAUUUAUUUAAUGAUUGUAUCACACGUUUCCAUGAAGGAGCGGCAUUGCCAUAUUAUAUGGUCCACUAAUUCAAAGCACACACUCAGGUUUCUUCCAAGGGUAUUUUGCUUUGUUUUUUCAAGCAUUUUCAUCAUAAAAAGGGCACUAUUCCAUUAUUUAAUGCCUUCUACUAACAAAACAACAAUCUAACCAUGUUUAUUUCAGUAAGAAUUAUUGGACCAUACACGUUUUAGAGCCUUACUUUCAGACACGUAUAUUUGCAUUAUUAGGAUGAUUAGUCCACCACUUGUUCUAUUCGAACAUUCUGAAGAGCAACACUGACACGACACAAACUAAGACAUUGAAAAACAUUUUUUUUAAAUGCAGAGACUUUGUGACCUGGAUGCUAUAGUGAGCCUUGAUCUGUGUAAAGCUGUGAAUGAAAAGUGUAUUUGUUUACUCUGUAUUUUUACACUCAUGCUUUGCACCCCUUGCACCCCUUGCACGUGGAUUUGUACAGAUUUGCUAAAAAAAAA